UUCCUGUCUACAAAGGAGCUUCUUAAAGGCUCUAAGCGGAGAAGCUCUCAAAAUCAGAGAGUGGCCAGUCUGCUGACAUACGGCUACAACCAUGAACUACCCCCUCACCCUGGACAUGGACCUCAUGAACUACAACCUGGAGGACCUGUACAAGGAAUUAGGGAGCUACAAUGACAGUACGGAGACCCCCAUAAAGGAAAACCACGUCUGCCUCACCGUCGAGGGGCCCCUGCUGACCUCCUUCAAGGCCGUGUUCAUGCCCGUGGCCUAUGGCCUCAUCUUCCUCCUCGGUAUGAUGGGCAACAUUCUGGUCCUGGUGAUCCUGGAGCGUCACCGGCAGACGCGCAGCUCCACGGAAACCUUCCUGUUCCACCUGGCAGUGGCCGACCUCCUCCUGGUCUUCAUCCUGCCCUUCGCCGUGGCCGAGAGCUCCGUGGGCUGGGUCCUGGGCACCUUCCUCUGCAAAACCGUGAUUUCUCUGCACAAGAUCAACUUCUACUGCAGCAGCCUGCUCCUGGCCUGCAUCGCCGUGGACCGCUACCUGGCCAUCGUCCAUGCCGUCCACGCCUACCGCCACCGCCGCCUCCUCUCCAUCCAUAUCACCUGUGCGACCAUCUGGCUGGCGGGCUUCUUCUUCGCCUUGCCGGAGAUCCUCUUCGCCAAGGUCAGUGAACCCCAUUACAAUGACUCCCUGCCGCACUGCACCUUCUCCCAGGAGAACCAAGCAGAAACCAAUGCCUGGUUCACCUCUCGCUUUCUCUACCACAUCGGAGGAUUCCUGCUGCCGAUGCUGGUGAUGGCCUGGUGCUACGUUGGGGUGGUGCACAGGCUGUGCCAGGCCCAGCGGCGCCCUCAGCGGCAGAAGGCGGUCAGAGUGGCCAUUCUGGUGACAAGCGUCUUCUUUCUCUGCUGGUCACCCUACCAAAUCGUUAUCUUCCUGGACACCCUAGCGAGGCUGAAGAUGCUGGGCAGCAGCUGUGAGCUGGACAGCUAUCUCUCCAUGGCCAUCACCAUGAGUGAGUUUCUGGGCCUGGCCCACUGCUGCCUCAACCCCAUGCUCUACACCUUCGCCGGCGUGAAGUUCCGCAGUGACCUGUCACGGCUCCUGACCAAGCUGGGCUGCACCGGCCCUGCCUCCCUUUGCCAGUUCUUCCCCAGCUGGCGCAAGAGCAGCCUCUCGGAGUCAGAGAACGCCACCUCCCUCACCACCUUCUAGGUCCCAGCCCCCUCCCCUUUGUUUCUGCUUUCCUUGGGGCAGGCAGAGAUGCUGGGAUCACAGGAGCUGGGAUCCAAAGAGCUCGCCUUGGCCAGUAUCCUCAUACGGGGCAGCUGGAGGAACCAACCCCUCUUUCCAGGACAACCUUGCCGGCUCUUCUCCCAGCCCCACAUCUAGGCUGGGGUCCAGGGAGGGGACAGCGUCCCAAAGGCAGAGCCAAGGAUACCUGUGCCCUUGGGCUGAGAGGACCACACUUGCCUUCACUCAUCCUAUCCAUCCAGAGCUCAGGGAACAACUUUUACUUCUGCCCCUGCCAAUAGGGAAGGUCAUUCCUCUUCCAGAACAUAGUCUGUCAUCUUAUGGACCACAUACCUCCACAACCACUCGUAUCUCCUCACCUCACCUGCCAAAAGAAACUAGAAGCUGAGCACCAGGGGGUGGAUGGAGGUUAAAGCCAAAGAAAGGUCAGCUGGCAACAGAGCGUGUGUGGCCUUGACAUGUCUCGGUGACUAAGAAGCCCAGACAUUCUUUCAGGUCACCAGCCCUGCGGUGUUCUGACCAGGCGGAAAGCUCAGGCUGACCCGGUCCACGUGGCUGCCUGGCUCUGUUCAACAUGGUGCUGGGCCAGCCCCACGUCACUGGGCCCUGGGAGGUCUACAGACUGAGGACAGACUCCAGGCAUCCUCGGAGACCAGCCAGCGUCCUAGAGAAGAUGUAAGGGCAGCCGAGAGGAGCCCAACCAAGGAAAGGAAAAGACUCUCCUUCCCCAGCUCCAAGGAGGCCCAAGUAUUCACCAAAGCCAGCUGUCUUCUCUGCCCAGGGCAGAGAGUUCCCAGUGUCGUCCAGGGCCCUGGUGGGUCUGGGAGCUGAUGGGGAAGGAGAGAGAUGCGUUCCCUCCACCCCUCUCCCCGCAAACUAUGCUGCCAGGGAAAACCCCUGGAGCCACAGAGAGAAUCCGACCACAGCAGAGGGGGCACUUAGCCAAGAGUCAGUGGAGAGAGAGACCUCCUGAGGAGAGAGACAGACCUAAAGGGUCCCUGGGGGUAUCUCACCCAGCCCCCUGCCUGCAGGCCAGGCCAUCUCUCUGGGCCUCAGUGAGAGCUGAGGAGCACCCCGUUGGGCUGGGCAGUGUGACAAGCAGGCCUGGGCAGGGAAGUCCCCAGGCUCCAGGAAGCUGAGCCCUGCCCUGAGAGGGUACUACUCAAAUGGAACCGGAGGAAGCAGCUCCGCACCUGUCCUGCCCCUGCCCCCUGCCUGCCACCCAGGGAGGGCUCUCCUGCCUCCUCCCCGGCCUCUGGCCUGACCAGAUGGGACAUCAGGGACUUCUGCACUUGCCAAGGGCACACGUUGGCUGCUCAGGCCCACUCAAGCCCGUCAGCGGAGGUCCCUAAGAAGCCUCUCUGCAGGGAAGAUUAGAUCUAUAACCCAGGCGACUCUUGUCUUCACCGUGGAACACUGGAGAACCCUGGGGUCCCCUGUUCCUCCCAGCCUCCAGUAGUAAGCUGGGCAGUGGAGGAGCCAGACAUUAAAGAAGAAAGCAAGAAACUAGAUGUUUAAUUUUGUCUUUUUAAUAAAAAGGCACCUAUAAAACAGGUCAAUACAGUACAGGCAGCACAGAGAGCCCCGGAACAAGCCUAAAAAUUGUCUCAAAAUAAAAACGAAGAAGAUGUCUUCACAUAUUGUAUUUAUAUAUUUAUAUUUAUAUAUAUAUAUUUAUAUAAUGGUACAAAAUGGCUGGGGGUGUGGCCACGGAUGGAGGGAAGCUGGCCUGUGGAGUUCACCUUGGAAAGCUAGUCUGGUGGCAGAGGUGGGAGGAGAGGGACAGGGGGAGGGCGUCAGGCCCUUUUCAGUCUGACCUGUCUCUCCUCUGGGCAGGAAACACUUAAAAGAGUCGGCUUGGGGAGUCUUGGGUUAGGGGUGGGAGGCUCAAGGGCACGGGGCCCAGGUUGGACACAGGGCGGGAACACGUCUGGGGGGCGGAGGGCAGGUGGCCCCUGAACCCAGAGUCCCAGGCCCUGGCCCCCCGGAGAGGGGCUGGGGGAGGCAGGAGCCCACAGCCAGCCCUGGAGGAAGCGCGUGACCUGGCCGACGGGGGACUGAGGACAGCACCAGACUGGGAGAAGCGAGGACAAAUUCCCUUUGUAUCACAGCUGCCAAAGGGAGACCAGGCCCCCUCAGGUCAGGAAGGCCAGGGGCGGGCCAUGGCAGAAGACACCUCACCGAGAAACGGCCCUGGGUCCUGGAGGCAGGCACGGAAGGCCUCAGCCAGGGAACUGCCCCGCCACCUCACGAGGCAGGGAAGGAAGUGAGAAAAGGAGAAGUGUUUUACUCCUGGGGCCAAGCGGGGCGGGGGCAAAACACCCAACCGUGUAUGGCUUCAGCUCUGACCAGAGGAGGGGGGAGCUCUUCUGGGAAAGGGCCGGGGGCUGACUGGAAGGCAGUGGCUGCGCCUGGGUGGGCAGGGAGCCCCGAGCUCUGAGCAGAGGGACCGUGCCAGUGAACCGGGAGGCAGAGAGACGCGGAGGACGCGGCCCUGCUCCGCGCCGAACACUUUCUCUAUUCUGUCCUCAGCAGAUGGAGGGAGACAGACUGACUGGGCCUAACCCUUUUCCUUCCUCCUUUGGUGAUAGGAAGUAGGUGGCAGCCUGGGGAAAGAGUCAGGGCCCUGGGGGCUACCUGGCCCGGAGCCACUGCAGCAGAGGAUGCUCACGGCCCCCAGGCUACUCCUCCAAGGCUCCACACCCGGGGUGGGAGGCCGCCUGCUCAGCCUCUGCCUCAUCCUUCUUUCCUUCAGCCCAGACUGGGGACCAAGGACUUCAAGUUCUGGCUUAAGAUGUAGCAGCAGGAGACACCAGACAUCCACAGCUGGGAAGCCAGGGCCCCCGUGUCACCUGUGUGGGGCAAACAUGUGUGCACCUGCACACGCUCUCCUGAAUCACUCAGCAGCAGACAGGCUGCCGCCCUGGGAGGUCUCAGCCCUGCUGGGGCCCACCAGGUGGAAGCCUAAGGUGGUCUGACCUCAGUUCAGGUGUGGGGGUAGUAGCUAUGUCAUUUCACCACUGGAAGAGGGCACGGGAAUGGUAUCCUUUCUGGACCCAGAGACACUGCCCUGCAGAGGGUAGGUGUGUUGGACUGUGUGUCCCUGGGUCCAGGGGAAAUGGAAAGGGCAAUCAUUUGAAGGGGUGGGGGGUGGGCACGGGGAGGGUUUCUUUUAUCCUUUUUUUUUUUCUGAGUGACUUCUAUCAAAACACAGAAAUACAGCACACGCACAAACCGGCACAAAAGCGCAGCGCUCUAUUUACAGCUCCAGUUGGCGCCUGCCCACCUGGCCGGCCGCCUGCAGGGUGGGGUGGGAGAGGGGGUCAGCCACAGCAGGAAGAGGAACUGAGGCAGGAGAAGACAGAAGGAAAAAAAUGGGGUGGAGGGGGGCAGAGAAACCAAGAGGAGGAAAGUGAAGCUCCAAGAGGAGAGAGCAGUGGGAUGGGGAGAGAGAAGACAGGGAGACUUCUCUCCUUCCAAUCCGGCCAAGGAUUUGAUACAGGGAUACAGGAUACAGGACUCGGACAGCAAAGCUGAAGAGGGUGGGUGCAGAGAAACAGGAAAGGCUCCAUAGGACUUGGGAGGAGAAGGGAGGCGGCGGUCCUGGCGGCCAAAAUGGAACCAACCCCACCCCCAGAUCCCCCACCC